CCCUAACCCUCUUUCUCUCCACUCUCCCAAUUCUUUCUCAAUAUCGGAGCGCUUUCUCCAAUGGGGAAAUCAAUUUCACCAGUUACUUCUUAUUGCCUAUCAUUCAGCUCUUUUUGAAGAUCUAGGGUUUCUUCUCUUUUUUCGCGUAUUGGACUUUGUUUCUAGUUAGAACUACGUGUUCUUAGCUCGAUUCGUCAAUCGUGUUGAGAAUGGAUGAUGCGACAGGGGAGACAACGAUUUCUAUACAGGAGUACCUCGAGGAAGUUGAGGAACAAGAACUGGAAGCAGAUUUGGUAUUGGGUGGUGAUGAGGGCAAGGAGUGUACUUACACUAAAGGCUAUAUGAAAAGGCAAGCAAUAUUUUCUUGCUUGACUUGCAUCCCUGAUGGAAAUGGUGGGGUUUGUACAGCUUGCAGUUUGUCUUGCCAUGAUGGCCAUGAGAUUGUUGAAUUGUGGACCAAGAGAAACUUUAGGUGUGAUUGUGGGAAUUCAAAGUUUGGAGAGUUCUUCUGCAAGCUUCUCCCAAGCAAAGAUAUAGAAAAUACGGAGAAUAGAUAUAACCAUAACUUCAAGGGAUUAUAUUGUACAUGCAGUCGCCCAUAUCCUGAUCCUGAUGUGGAGGAACAAGUGGACAUGAUCCAAUGCUGUAUAUGUGAAGACUGGUUCCAUGGAGAGCACAUAGGCCUAGAUUCUGCCAAUGAGAUUCCUACAGAUGAGGAAGGGGAACCUCUAUAUGAAGAUUUCAUUUGCCAGGAAUGCUCUGUAAAUUGUUCUGUUGUAACUCGUUACCCUAAAAUCAUGUUAACAGCAGUAAGGCAAGAUACCACAUUAGACACGACGAAAACAACAGAUGAUAUGGUUGAAGAAAAACCUUCUGGCUCUAAUCUAGAUUGUGCCAUGACUAGUCCUGAUCAUGAGACUUUGUCUGUUAUAGAGGAUAUAACUGGAGAAACUUCUCUAAAGAUUCCAGAAUCAUCAAGUUCAUGUGUUCUUAUGAGUGUUGAUGAUGAUCUGGUUACAGCACCUCCUCUGGAGAAGGCACAGCCUCUGUUCCUUGCAAAAGGAUGGAGGUCUGUGCUUUGCAGAUGCGAAAAAUGCACUAAUUCUUAUAAGGAGAAGGGAAUUGGUUUCUUGCUUGACAGGGAAGAUUCAAUCUUUGAGUACGAGAAAUUAGCAAAGGAGAAGAGGGAUGAAAAGUUACAACAGCAAGAAGGUGUUGAGUUGAACUUUCUUGAUAGACUUGGUCAUGUAGAGAAAAUGGAGAUUCUUAGUGGCAUUGCUGAUAUGAAGAAUGAACUGCAUUCUUUUAUGGAGUCAUUUGAUCCAUCAAAGACCAUAACAUCUGAAGAUGUUCAUCAAGUUUUUGAGAACCUUGCGAAGAAGCGCAGACGCAUGUAAUUUGGUAACAUCUUUAUUUGUAUUGUGUUGACCAUCAUCGUCUUUUAUUAAUGAGCUACUCUUGGUUAUAUCUGUCCCUUGAGCAUUCUAUUAGUAUUACUACUACCUUGGGAUUCUAUUAGUAUUGCUAUGUUUGUGGACUAUUUAGACUUUUACAGUUUAUAUAUUAUUAUUAUUAUCAAAUUGACUUGGA